AGAGAGAGAAAAAAAAGAGGAUCCAUGUUCCAAGGCUUGAAGGAAAAGAAAAGUUUCUACUGACUGCUCUCUCGUUUCUAUAAACCCUUUGCGAUCGACGAAGCAAGAUCAAAGAAGAAGAUGUUCAGGAAUCAGUACGACACAGAUGUGACGACAUGGAGCCCAACAGGUCGUCUCUUCCAAGUAGAAUACGCCAUGGAAGCAGUGAAGCAAGGCUCCGCCGCAAUUGGACUGAGAUCUAGCUCCCAUGUCGUCCUCGCAUGCGUCAACAAAGCCCAAUCUGAGCUCUCUUCUCACCAGAAGAAGAUCUUCAAAGUGGAUGACCACAUAGGCGUCGCAAUAGCUGGACUCACAGCCGAUGGACGUGUUCUCUCCCGUUAUAUGAGAUCGGAAUCAAUCAAUCACUCCUUCACCUAUGAGUCUCCACUUCCCGUUGGUCGUCUCGUCGUUCAUCUCGCUGAUAAGGCCCAGGUCUGUACCCAACGAUCAUGGAAACGGCCCUAUGGCGUGGGUUUGUUGGUAGGUGGAUUGGAUGAGUCUGGAGCCCACCUUUACUACAACUGCCCUAGUGGAAACUACUUUGAGUAUCAAGCUUUUGCUAUUGGAUCUCGUUCACAAGCCGCCAAGACCUAUCUGGAACGCAGGUUUGAGAGCUUUGCGGAUUCUUCAAGAGAAGAUCUGAUCAAAGAUGCUAUCUUGGCUGUUAGGGAGACACUCCAAGGAGAAACACUCAAGAGUUCUCUCUGCACCGUAUCUGUACUAGGAGUCGGUGAGCCAUUCCACUUCUUGGACCAAGAAGCUAUACAGAAAAUGAUUGACACAUUUGAGAAAGUACCAGAGGAAGAGGAAGGUGAGGCCGAAGUUGCUGCACCAGCAGAACAGGGUGGUGGUGCUGAUGGUUUAGGUGACCAAGACGUGGCUCCAAUGGAAAUGUAAGGCUUUUGUGUCUAACGCUGGAAUCGUUUUAAAUCGUGUUAGUUGGAUUUUCGUUGGAUCAUUUUUAUAUGAAUCAUUUGCAAAUUGGCUGUGGCUUUUAGAUUUUAUGCACGAGAACCUCGUGAGAUGAAAUCACUGGGUUAUAUCAACUUAAAAGCUACCUUUUAGACUAUUGUAUUUUGCUCUUUUGAUUUAAAUCUGUUUAUGACUUCCUA